UGCUCCUAUCCGCCUCCUCCUUCAGAUCUGAGUAUCGGCUCCUCUCUCCUCUCUCUCCCCUCCCUCCUCCUUCAAAUCCGACUCCAAGUGGAUUCAAGGCUAGGGUUUUCACUGAUCUCCCUCGAAGUUUGUCGUUCAUUCCUCCCUCGAAGCUCGUCGUCCCUCGAUUCUCGUCGUCGACUUUGAGAUUCGUCUACUCCUCCCUUGAAUCUCGUCGUCGACUCCGAGAUUCGUCGACUCCUCCCUUAAUCUCGUCGUCGACUCCUCCCUCGAAGCUCGUCGUCCCUCUCGGAGAUCGUCGUCCCCCUCGAGUCAUCAAGAUAUAAUUUAACUAAACGAAGCGAAUUCGAAUUUUGAAUAUUACUCGAGUCAAAUUCGAACACGAAUACGAGUAGUGCUAUUUGAGCCGAAUUUGAAUUCGAAAUAAGGCACUAAUCGUUCAGAUUCGAUUCGUUUCCACCCCUACAUUCAAAUUCCUAUAACGCAUACCGUUGGAUCUAAUGGACGGUAUUGAUUGAAAUGAGGAAAUCGGAACAAUUAUACUCUAGGGCUCUAAGUCUCAGCCGCUGCCUGCAGCUUCAGGGAGGAUGGCUCUGUUCUUUGACGAUGGAUGAUGUCGAUGGUGAUGAAAUCAAGUUCUCGGAUUGGGAGGUUUUGGAAAUAAUAAAAAAGGUUAUCCCUUUUACCGACCUACAAACCAUGUACAUGCAGCAUAUUGAGUCCAAACGUCAAGUAUCAUUCAAGGUUGUAGUGGAACGACUCCUCGGAUGCUACCUCUCAAAGGUUGAACAGACAGGGUCUUGGGGUGAAAGACCUUUGACUAGUUCCCAGAAAAUAUAUGCUGCUACAGAUGUCGGAGCUAUGCUUGAUUUACUUCCUAAAUCUGAGACCGACAUUUGGCAAGAUGGAUGGAGGGUCUAUGCUCACACAUUUCCGCUGACGCCAGCUAAAAAAAGAGAACUACUUCGAGCUUGUAAACUGUCAGGAAACAUAACUGUCUGUCCACUCACUGCACCGUGUCCAUCAGCCAAUAUAGGUGUCCCAAAAUUUAUUGUUGAUAACAAAAAGCUUGUACAAUUUCUUAGAAAACACGGUUUUGAUACAACUAUAUCAAGGAGCACCCUCAGUGACGCAUUAGAAAACGACAAGAAAGAAGGUAGGGUGGUCUUAACAAGAUCAUUUACCGUCAGCACCCGUUCCAGCAAUGAAGCAUUACAAUUGAAGGCAUACACUAAAGAUCAUCAAGAUGAAUUGAACAAGAUAGUUGAAGUGUACGGGCUUCAACAACAAAAGUUAUUACCAUUAUUCUGUGCAGAAUGUAAUAGACCUAUGAAUUUCUUCUUGAUGUUAUUGGCUGAGGCACAAGAACGGAAAAAAUUGCCUAUACGACAAGAGAAGAUUCGAAGUUUCGAAAUCAGAGAAAAUUUAAUUAAGUCGCUGGAGAGCAAGGAAUCUGAAAGUGUUACAUUUAAAGAGUGUUUGGAUUGUAAAUAUUUUGUACCAUGCUAGGAUCAUUUUAUACCACGGAUAAUAUAGUUGACUUCCUCUGAUUAGAAGAACAAUUUUUUUUUCUUUUAUACCAUGCUAGGAUCAUUUUAUAACAUGGAUGUGAUCAAUUUUUAGUCUGACCAUAUGUACCUAGACUUGGAGAUGUUCUAAACAGUAAAAGAUUAAAUGAGAUCUCUUUUGUCUUUUGGCUAA